AUCACACAAUUUACAGGCUGAAACUGAUGCAUGUCCAGCAUAAUGAUCACCCUCAAGAUGUUCCUUUUUCUGCUGUCUGUUGCUGCCAUUUGGUUUUUCAUAAGUCAACAAUUCCUUGCAGCUGACUGGCUGCAGUUUCAGGAUCAAAGGUUGUGUGCUUGUGAGAAAUGUUUAUUGGAAGAUCCACUGUUGUUUAACAGUAGUUUUAACAGUUCUGUUGAGCCGUUUUUGUGUGCAGAGCACAACCUCACUGAGGAUGCUUUCUACUGGUGGAAGGAAAUACAGCUUGAAAAGUGUAACUUCAGUGUCUAUGAAGCAACAGUGAAGAAGAUAUUUGAAACAUUUCCACCCAGACCAGAUCUUCCAGAACUCAGACCUGAUCGCUGCCGGACUUGUGCAGUUGUGGGAAAUUCUGUUAACCUGAAAAGAUCUCAUUAUGGACCUCUGAUAGAUCACCAAGAUGUCGUCAUAAGGGUGAAUGCUGCUCCCAUCAAAGGCUAUGAAGCAGAUGUUGGGACCAGAACGACCCAUCAUGUCAUGUAUCCGGAGAGUGCUGUGGAUUUAGAUAACACUACUCAUCUUGUUCUGUUUCCAUUCAAAAUAUCUGAUCUUAUGUGGCUCAUCAAGGCAUUCACAACAGGAUUUUCUGGAGUGUCAUAUGCACCUAUAAAAUCCAAAGUACAAGCUAACAAGGAUUUGGUGAUGGUGCUCAGUCCGGCUUUCAUGAAGUACAUUCAUGACUUGUGGCUGGAAAAGGAGGGCAGCUAUCCAUCUACUGGCUUUAUGGCUUUAAUUCUAGCACUCCACAUUUGUGAUGAGGUCCACGUGUUUGGUUUUGGAGCAGACAGCAAAGGAAGAUGGAGCCAUUACUGGGAAAAACUUAAAGACAAAGAGUUUAAAACUGGAGUACAUCCUGGACAUCAUGAGUAUAAUGUCAUUCAGCAGUUAGCUGAGAACAAAAUAAUCACAUUUUAUAAAGGACAGUGAUGGUUGUAUAAUAUAAAACUGAUGUGUGUGUACAAGAAAAGUUAACAAAUGAUUCGGUUUUAGUGCAC